ACCUUUAUGGAUUCCCAAAAGGAUCCAAGCCUCUCUGGCAUGUGGAUCUUCUUGUGCGUUGGGUUCCUGGGGCUGUGUUCUGUGCUAAUAGGAAGCUGCAUACUCUUUCUGCACUGGAAGAAGAACUUGCAAAGAGAAGAACGUGCCCAGCAGUGGGUGGAAGUGAUGAGAGCUGCCAUAUUCACCUACAGCCCACUGUUGUACUGGAUAAACAAACAGCGUUACCAUGGCAUGAAUGUAGCCAUUAACACAGGCCCUCCCCCUGCUGUCACCAAGACUGAGCCUGAAGUUCAGAAUCCAGAUUCUUUGUGGGAGUUGGAUAUCUCUGAAGACAGGAGCUACAUUGAGCAAGACAGCAGCCUCAGAGGUGAAGCCUCUGAUCUCUUGCAACAUGUUUUGGGGGUUCCAAAGCAGCCCCUGUCUUCAACAAUGCCACAGCCUCGGACUGACUCCCCAUUCCCACUUCCCAUCUUUCAGGAGGUGCCCUUUGCCCUAUCCCUCUGCCACCUGCCUCCCAUGUUGGACCACUCUGUCUCCUACCCUUUGGCCAACAGCCCUGAAAGGAAUGUUCACUUCUUUUCCCUCCCAACACUGGCCCACAGAACAAACUGCUUUAAUGCCAAGCCUUUUGCUUCAGAGCUGUAGUUUCCUCUUAUUGAGGGUGGGAGCUGCAAGUACCAAAGGCUCCCUUUGGUAGAAAACAGAGAUAACCUCAUGGAGUUGGUAUUGACAAGGAGGUCAGAGCCACCUGGUGAGAGGUUUAAAGCCACAGACUUUAAAAAAAAAAAUAAAGUCCAAGUUUCUCCUCUGUC